AUUUACUAGUGGUUUAUUAAUUAGGUCCAUCCUAUAAUCAAAUUUAUUAUUUAUCGCGUAUAAUAUAUUAUUGUACGACGUUUAUACGACUUUAUGUAAUAUUGAAAUUUGCCGUAGAAUUUCAGUUAGCCGAUGACGACGUAUUAAUGAUUGAAAUUACGAUAAUAUUAGGUACCUAUAAUGUAUAUAAUAUAGGUCCUAUAUUAUAUUAUGUUUUGAUAUUUUGAAAUUGUUCAAUACACACUUCGUAUAAUAUUUCCUCAAGAUAGAAUAAGGGGUUAUUUUCCGUUAUACGUAUACCAUUAAUUCUUACUCUACAGGACACCAUUUUUUUGGGGGGGGGAUGUCACUACGUCAGUGAUGCCCUGCGCUCGAAUAAAAAAAUCGAAAAUAUCCCUCGACUUGCUAUAAUUACAAUAUCACCUCACAUGGUCACAUGGUAACAUCCACUCUUAAUACUAUUAUACAUAUACCGCUAUUUAAAUUGAAUAGUAGUUAUAAAAUUAAAGUCGUUAUUAAGAGUGGAUAUACGGCGGACGGCGGUUACCCUGUGACCAACUUGAGGCGGUGUUGCAUAGCGAGACGAGAGAUAUUUUAUUUUUUUUGUCCGAGCGCAGAGCUGCAAGCGAGUGGCAGCGUGGGCAUCGCUAUCACUACCGGGGUAUAUGGGACACGGGUAUACGUGGUAUACGUGGUAUAACGGAAAAGAUCCGAAUAAGGUGAUGAGAUUUUUAAUUUUUAUAAUAUAUAAUAUAUAAUAUAGUAGUAGGUAUAAUACUAAUAUUGUUGUUUCGUUUCUUCAAACCGACGUUUUUCUGUGAUAGUGCCUACAACUAACCUUUAUAUUAUACCAAUAACAUAAUAAUAUCAUAAAACAUUAUUUAAAUUACAAUUAUUAUUCGAAGGGUAAAUAUACUGUGGUGAAUUAAUCUUAUAUUCUUAUAACCACGGAAAUCGUUUUAAUUAUUCUUCUGUAAACGCGUGUAAUAGACGCAGGUUGUGAUAUUACAUGACGUUGUGUAUAUAUAGGCAGUUUCGCGCCGUUUAAAUGAGAUUUUAUUUCAUUACAAAGGUUCACGUUUUAUCACGGUUUAUUAUUAUCGUGGCCUAUAAUAUUUUACAUUCUUUAUCGCCGAUAUGGCCAACCAUGAAUUACAAUAUAAUAAACAGUUUAUUAGAAAAAAGACUUUACUAUUAACACCGUGGUACAACUUCCGUGGUAUGGACACUUCGUGGCCCAUAAUAAUAUUGAUCGUUAUUACUGCAAUACAUAAUAUAAUAAUAAUAUGCUAGUGGCAGUACGUGGUUUAAAAAAUAUGUACUUAUCACAAUGCAGCAAACACGACGUCUAUAUUAUAGCACGUCCAGACGUACGGCGUAAAGUAUUCGAGGAACAUUGGACAAUCGGCACUGUCGUAGCACCAGUCGUGCAUUUUGCAGCAGCUAAAAAUUGUCCGGAAACAACAGAGGAAAACAAUAUGAGUGCAUAUUCGUCGUCGUCUGACGGACAGAUCUAUAUAUCGUGUUUAUAUUAACUUGUCUAUGGGAUCAACAGGUGAUCCAGAGCCCAGGAACCCGCAGUAACAGCCGUAGCCGAGAUAGCUAAGGGCGCAACGUACACACAGACUGCCAACGGCCAUCCGGUGGUGUUGAUGCCGGAUAACGUGGGACCUCCGAAAUCGUGUCCCGGAAAGAUAGAUUUUCGGAAACCCCGGAGACGUCGGCCCUACGCCACGUUGCGUCGUCAUCGAACGUCGUUCGACCUGACGAAUCAAGUAAUCGUUUACUUCGACCCUGACGGCAGCGGGAGAUGCAAAGUGGUUGGCGGUGGUGGCACUACUGCAGGCUACGGCGGCGGCGGAGACGAGCAGUCUUCGGCGGGACAAAAGUCCGUGGACGUGAACCGCAAGGGCCGGCCCAAGGGAUCGAAGAACAAAUCCCCGAUAUCGUCUUCGUCGCCGUCGCUAUCCGGCUCGUUCAAUUACCGCUCCCAAAAGAGGUCACUGACGUACACGUUCGCUGGCCCGGUCAAGUGCAAGUCAUGUGAUCGCACGUUCGACGGUGAUCCUGUGGCGCACUGUCUGGAGCACCACAGGUCCGUGUGUCCUAUAUGUGGCCGCACGUACCGGCCACCGCUGAACACGCACAUCAAGUCGCACGGGACCCGACACGUUCUGCUCACUGUUACGUGUUAUGAGUGUUUCGUGUGCAAGGAGAAGUUCGGAAAUGCGCAGACCAUGGCCGAACACUUGCGGGCCGAACACCGAGAUGUCACCGCUGCUGCCGAGUGUUCACUGUGUGGCGACACCACCACCGCGUUCGCGACCGCUGAAGCAGCCGUUGACCACCUAGUGGACGCGCACUGUCCGCGCAAGAAGUUUAGUCACCCAACCGUGUAUCGUUGCCGGGUGUGUCUGGCCGGGUUCAAGAGCCAGAUCAACGUGCUUCGGCACGCGUGCAACAAGAUCAAGUCACCGCAUUGCGCGCAGUGCGGAAAGACGUUCCCGUCUAAGAUGCGGUACGCGUUCCACCUGCAAUUCCACGAACACCCGAAGUGGGCGACCAUGCACUUGCACUGCGACCUAUGCCUGGCCGAGUUCGACGACGAGUACCAGCUGUACGAUCACAUCCGGUUCCGACACGAGCUGCACGACAAGGCGGUGUGCGAGGUGUGUGGCCGGACGUUCAAGUCGUCCAUGGGCCUGAACAUCCACCGCCGGUAUCACAACGGGUCUCGGGACUUCGCGUGCGGGUCGUGCGACAAGUCGUUCCUGAACAAGUCCACGCUCCGGGAGCACGAGAUCUCACACAUGGACGUCAAGCCGUUCCAAUGUCACAUAUGUGGCCAGUACCUGAGUCGCGCGUCCAGGCUACGGUCGCACGUCAAGACUCACCGAGCCGCAGAGUCGACCGAUCAGCUGUGCUACUGCUGCGGCCAGUGUGGUUACGUGGCGCCUAACCCGACCGCGGUCGCCGAACACAUCGGCAAGCAGCACUGCGACGAUACUGCAAAUAACGAAUGUUACGCACUACAACUGUCGUCGGUGGUCAAGUGCGAGUACUGUGACUCGACGUACUUGAGCUCGGUACACCUGAACAGCCACCGAGAAGCGGCGCACGCGGGUGGAGGGGUCGGCAACGCCGAACCAUUCAUCUGCGUGGUGUGUUCGUCUACGUUCAGCACGUACUCCAGGCUGACCACGCACAAGCUAACGCACGGAAUCAACAUGGAGUCCACCUGUGGCGCACCCGUUCAGCAGCAGCAACCCGAACCGGACGAUCUCAAUCAGCCAGGAGACUUCCUGGAAGACACGGUGUCGGAUCGGUUUGAAAUACCGCAGUUUUUCUCCUGCGAGUACUGCUCCAAGAUGUGCUUGCACUACACGUACUUUUGCCUACACCGGCGACUCAAACACCCACCCGGCGUGCAGACACACACGUGCGAAAGGUGCUCAGUGGACUUCAAAACUUCCUGGAGACUGUCGUACCACAGAAAAACCGUACACGGGCAACAGGCAGACGAAAAGCCGGCUGAGAAGUUCAACUGUACCGUAUGCUCUCGACAGUUCGUCAAGAUCGGUGCACUUAACUUGCACAAGACCCGCACGCACAUCGACGUGGUCGGCGACGUGUGCAAGUACCUGUGCCAUCUGUGUGGCAAGUUUUUCAGCUCAGAGUUUUCGCUCAGGGCGCACGUCAAGACGCACGAACUCGCCGUCGGCGGUGUGCUCGCACCAGCACAGGUGACACUACUCGGCGGCUGCAUCGGCAACGACGAUCGCUCGCUCGUCGACAACCAUAGCUACCGCUCCGAACCCUCCGCAAUGGCACCGCCACAGACGGUACAUAUCCGGCAGAAUCACCGGCGCCGCACAUAUCGGAAACCGAUAGCCACCGCCGCUGCCGCCGCCGCCUGUUUGACGUCACCGGUCAAGAAAUCGUGUCCGUACUGCACUCUGACGACCGAUGACGAGGCGGCGUUCAUCGAGCACGUCAACGGUCAUAUCGGGUACUGCAAUCCCGUGUUGCCGGCGGGCACCGUUUGCGAGCUGUGCGAAGCCAGUUUCGGUGACGCUACGCAGCUCAAGUACCAUCUGGACGACCACGUAAAUGCGAACCAAGCUAUCUUGUGCCAGGCGUGCUACUCUCCGUUCUUGUCGUCGGCCGCACGCGACGUCCACGUUGCCAAGGAAUGUCCGUCCACGACGAUGCUGGUCGACUGCGCACCCACCGGUGCUGCAGUCCCGCCACGGGUAGAGUUCGUCCCAUCCGAAGUCAAGUCUGUCAGCCCAUCCACUCCACCCGAAGUUAAGUCUGUUAGCCCAUCCACGCCGCCUGAAGUCAAGUCUGUCAGCCCUUCCACUCCGCCCGAAGUCAAGCCUGUCAGCCCGUUCACUCCGCCCGAAGUCAAGUCUGUCAGUCUAUCCACUCCACCCCAAGUCAAGUCUGUCAGUCCACACACUCCACUCGAAGUCAAGUCUGUCAGCACAUCCACUCCACUCGAAGUCGAGUCUGUCAGCACAUCCACUCAACCACCCGAUGUCAAGUUUGUCGGCCUGUCCGACACCCCGCAGUCCGACGCCCGUCCUGCACUGAUCGUUGACUGUUCGGAGAUAUUCGGCGGCUGCAAGGGCAUCACCAACGAUAGAUCAUCACUGCAGAAAUCGGCCGAAUUUCCGAUCGAGCCAAACGCCGACAACAAUGGAUCACUGGAAUUUUCCGUGCUCGACGAGCUCUUGUCCAUCAUGUCCACGCCACGCACGUUGGUCGCCCUGGAUUCGAUCGACUACCAACCACCGGAAGACAUGUCGCUGGACGCGAUUUUCGACAGCAUCUCUACUAACAUAUAAAUAAUGUUAUUAUUAUCACACAGAAUUACGCAGUUCCGCGAUACCCUGCUGCAGUCAGCCACCGCUUGACAUGUUCUUUUCCGAAUUUAUCCCGCAUGUCAUCCAGUUUUCGCUGCUUGUCAGCGUAAUUUUUUUUUAGCGCACUUUUUUUACCCACAUGUUUUUUUACAAUGAGGUUUUCCAAACAUUUGUUUAUUUUUUAUCGGCCGCCAUAAAGAGCAAACGAUAUUAUACUAUUGUACUAUACCUAUAUCCGUUUAUUGUUAUUAUUGUUACCAACG